CCAUCUGCUGUAAAUGCACAUCUAUAUCCGAUAUUGGAGUCUCCUCGGAAGUUCUUAGGAAUGAUAAAAGGCCACCUACAAAGCUUCGACUCCAUCAUAUACCCUCUCAAUCGGCUUGCGGACUCGUAGAACCUACCUUCAACUAGAAUGACUUCACCCACAGUUUCAACCUUCAUUGGCUCUGUGGUACUGCAGCCCAUCAUCGUGGCGAUUAGCAGUCUGGUGCUGUCAUCCCUCCUAUCCUAUGAGAUUGCUGGGCGGCUUGACUGGAGGCCGAUCACCGUAUGCGUGACAUGCGACAUUCUUGCUGUCGGUGUUGAUCACCUGAAGGAUCAGGAAGUUGUCAUCGGUGCUCGGGGUGCGGCUAUCAUGAAGCGCUUUGCCCCCAUGUUCCACCUUGCACGCAUUUUUAUGGCGUUAAAUGUGCUGCUACUUGUGGCAGCUUUAUGUUUAAGCCCACCCAAGAUGACGCUCGUCACCGCACUUUUUGCUGUCCCCGCUUUUCUGUGGGCGACGCCACUUGAUCUUGGGCGCAUCAACGUAGUACUGAAGAAAUUCAUACCGGCAAAUUAUGAUCAAGGAGAAGUGGAAUAUGAUUCACCCAAAGCUAACGAACCAUUCAUAAUCAAACGAGUUCCUGGCAUGAAGGCUAUAUUUGAUGGUAUCAUUCGAGGCUGUGGGAUGUUCUUCGUUGUCUACACAGCACUGCAGUUAUCAUGGCAAUCGGCCUAUCAUGCACCUCCAUGGACGAUUAUUGAGACCGUCGUUUGGUCGACGGUCAAUCGCACUUGUCAUUGUAUUAUGACAGACGUGCGUGACUACGACGAGGACAUAAAGACUGGAGUCCCGACCAUACCCGUCCUUCUAGAGUCUCCUCUUAAGACUCGGAUAGUCUUAACUGUCGUUCAAGCAGCCGUCAUGAUGGCCUUCCUCAACAAUCCGUUCAUUGUGGGCAGUUCCGCCUUCGCAAUUGCUCUUGUUUGGAUUCUAGGGUCAGAUUCUCCAAAAGUUUAUUUCCGUUUCAGUCUUCACUCGCAGACCAUAUUCAUUGUUAUAUACGCUGUUAUGUUAGCUUUGCACUUGCUCUAGACCACUAGCUAAUAUUGUACAACUUAGGGUUAAAAGGUUCUUAGAAUAUCACUGGGUAGUAAACACGCGAAAUUCAUUGAUUUGUCUCACAAGGUUUUCCUUUGAGAAUUUCAAUGAACUCCCUACUGAAAUCAAGUGAGAAUGUCCUCGGGGCCUGCCGAUGGUGGCGAUUUAUUUCAGUCUUCGUCC